UCACAAUUUUCAUUUAAUUUUAUUGUGUCGGUUAUGGCGUACCAUAAUUUCAUUUCUCACCGUAUGGUUACGGAUAGCUGGUCACGGCUGUCAGACCGGUUUGUAAAAUUGUCGACGUGUGAGUUCAGAGCAGGCCGUAGAAGGGAGAAGGUGUGUCCUUCCGUAGUGAAAAUGUAUAACCUGUGUGGUCUCCAGAUAAAAAGCUGUGUGCAUUUGGCCUGAAUGUUUGGUGUGUUUGAGAAGUUUUCCUGUGUGGAAAUUGUAGUAUUUUUAGUACAUUGGCAGCGGUGACCAGCUCGACCAGCUGUGAAUACAAGUAACGUAAGUGUGACGUUAUAGGGUGUCGUUACUACAGCGUUGGAGGAAAUCCUACGUACUAAGACGUUGACGGGUUUAUGUGGACUUUGUCACAACGAUAACUGGAACUUAAACCAACGACUGUGUGUUUAAAGAACGAACAAUACGGUAACGUCUUGGGGUCACAUUUGUAGCAAGAUAUCUACGGAUUUGUGCACGUGUCGAGGAAAUAUUCGUCUGGUCGGGUUUGACAAUAUUUUAGUCGGUGUAUAGACACUAUUAUUAUUUUUUUUUUUUUGGUUUAUUAUUAUUUUUUUGUUUAGGUUUUUUUUGUGCGAGUGUUGUAGGUGUGUGUGUUGUGUGCGUGUGGAGAUGAUCUAUAUCUUGUUUUGAGCACGAUAAUAAACUUUUGUUUGCACGUACUCUUUGUUCUUUUUCAAAGCUUGGUUACAGUGAGGGAUUAUUUCCAUGCCAUUUAUCACAAAUCGUGACAAUUGGGGGCUCGUCCGGGAUGGAAAUAUUUUAAAUCAAAAUAUCCUUACGCUGUUUAACUGAACUUUGAAAAUGGAGAAAGAGUUAGAGAAAUUAGUGGAGAUUGGGCAAAAGUUAGGUCUGCACGGAGAUCAGUUGUUGGAAUAUGUUAGAGAAAAAGAAAGAUCAGAAAGAAAAGUUGAAGAAGAUAAAUUAUUGAGAGAAGAGAGAGCAAAGGAACGAGAGGCAAAGAGAGAAGAGAAAGAACUAGAUUUGCAGAUAGUACAAUGUGAGCAAGAGGCAAAGAGAAAAGAAAAAGAGUUGAGCAUGGAGAUGCAAAUGAAAGAAUCAAGCAAUCAUUUGGCAUUGUUAGAAAAACAAAUUCAGUUAGAGAGAGUUAAAGCAGAGGCAUCGACAUUAGAAGUUAGUGCUAAGCAUCAGAGUGCCCCCAUGUCCCCUGAGGUGUCUGUUCAAAAUCGUGCCAAGAUGCCCAAACUUCCUCCCUUUAAUGAUCAAAGAGACUGUAUUGACGCUUAUCUACAAAGGUUUGAAAGGUUUGCAGAAAAUGCUAAGUGGUCUAAGGAUACAUGGUCAAUAAAUCUUAGUGCUUUGCUUACAGGUACUGCUCUUGAGGUUUACUCUCGUUUAUCUCCUGGUGAUGCAUUUGAUUAUGAUAAGCUCAAGUGUUCAUUGCUUCAGAGAUUUAGAAUGUCCGAAGAAGGUUUCCGCGAGAAAUUCAGAGGUUGUAAACCAGAAAAAGGUGAGAACCCUCCUCAGUUUUUCGCGCGUUUAGACAAUUAUCUGAAAAGAUGGAUGGAACUCGCGAAAUCCCCAUCAACGUUUGAUGGCUUAAGAGAUCUUAUGCUGCGUGAACAAUUUAUUUCAAGUUGUAGUAAGACUUUAGCUACUUUCUUACGAGAACGUCAUCCGAAAGAUGUUAAAGAAAUGACGCGGUUAGCAGAGCAAUUUAUUGAAGCGCACGGCACUUCUUCAUUUUCUUACGAUCGCAAAAAUUAUCAAGUAGCGACUGAUGAUGUGAGGUCAACGUCAACAACGUUUCAAAAGAAACCUUUCUCAAGUACAGGUAAGAAUGAUAGAAAGUGUUACGAGUGUGGUAGAUCUGGCCACAUCGCUAAAGAUUGUUUUGACAGGUUGAAGAAAGGAAAUCGUUCUCAGACUUACAAAAGCGCAGCGAUGUUAAGCUCUGGUUCUUCAUCAAAGGCUACUUCCCGAUCUGCAAAGUCACAGCUCCAGAAAGUUGAUGUUGAGAGUGAGCAUCAACAAGGAAACCAAUCUACUGAAUCAGGUAAACAUGUAGGUUCUUUGUGUAUUUUGGCAGAUAAAUUGAAAGACUGUUGCAUACAAGACAAUCAAGUUACGUUACGUUGUGGGCAUAUGUUACCGGUCAUUGGUGGAGCUUGUCGUGUUUGUCAUAAUAUGCCAGUUUCAGAUGGGUAUGUAGGUAAUCAUCCUGUGGAAGUUCUGCGAGACAGUGGAUGCACAGGAGUUGUAGUGAAAACCAGCCUCGUAUCUCAAGACCAACUGACAUGGCGGAGUGUGGAAUGUGUACUCAUCGACGGAACUGUCCGGAAAGUUCCAGAGGCGUACAUCAACAUACAUACACCGUUCAUAUCAGGUAAGGUCAAAGCUCUAUGUAUGAACAACCCAGUCUAUGGUUUAAUCAUAGGUAACAUAAAAGGUGCCAGAGAUCCUUCGGACCCUGAUCCAAAAUGGGACACCGGAAGAAAUAACGAAGUUGAGGAAAACGAUACACAAGACUUGGUAGAAGGUUUAGCUGUACAGACAAGAGGUCAAGUACAGAAAGAAAAGGAAAAGUACAAAACAUUAAAGGUAACUAGUAUCACUGACAAUUUCACUUCAGUAGAUGAUAUGAUAGUUGCACAAAAUGAGGACGCUACACUAGAUAAGUAUCGGGAAUACGCAAAGACAUGUGUUAGGAAGUUCACAGGACAACAGAAUGUGUCUUGGUUUGUCAUUGAAGAUGGUCUUUUGUUCCGAUAUUUUCAGUCUCCGAAGGUUAGUAGCAAUAACAUUUUCAAACAGUUUGUUGUUCCUUCACCACACCGUAUUACAGUUAUGAAACUCGCACAUGAUUGUGUACUGUCUGGUCACUUAGGAAUAAGAAAGACAACAGAUAGGGUAUUGUCUAACUUUUAUUGGCCAGGUGUACAAGGUGAUGUAGGAAGAUAUUGUAGAUCAUGUGACGUUUGUCAGCGAACCGUACCCAAAGGUAAGAUCUUCCCAGUUCCAUUAGAGUCUAUGCCCCUCAUUGAAACUCCUUUUGAGCGAGUUGCUGUAGAUUUGAUUGGUCCAAUUUUCCCAGCAACAGAUCGUGGGAACAGGUAUGUACUCACUAUGGUAGAUUACAGUACAAGAUACCCCGAAGCCGUCGCACUCAAAGGCAUUGAGACGGAACGUGUGGCUGAGGCAUUGUUUGAAUUCUUCACUAGACUUGGAAUUCCAAAGGAAAUUUUAUCAGAUAUGGGAACCCAGUUCACGUCUAACCUUAUGAAAGAGGUAGGUCGCUUACUUUCCAUUGCACAACUUACAACUACUCCGUACCAUCCUGCCUGCAAUGGUUUAGUUGAAAAGUUCAAUGGAACGCUUAAACAAAUGCUCAGACGUAUGGCUGCUGACAGACCCAAGGAUUGGGACAGGUAUAUAGCACCUUUAUUAUUCGCAUACCGUGAAGUUCCUCAAGAGAGCAUGGGUUUUUCACCAUUUGAAUUAUUAUAUGGUAGAUCAGUCCGAGGACCGAUGACAGUUCUACGAGAGAUGUGGACGAAAGAAUUAAAAGACCCAGAAGUCAAGAGUACUUAUCAGUAUGUCAUCGACUUGAAAGAGCGUUUAGAAGAGACAUGUGAAUUAGCUAGGAAGUCCUUACAAAAGUCCAGUCAGCGCUACAAGAAAUAUUACGAUCGGAAAACAAGGUCACGUUCAUUCAACGUUCAGGAUAAGGUAUUAAUCCUCCUUCCGACGGACAACAACAAGCUACUCAUGCAAUGGAAGGGUCCAUUUACUAUUGUUUCCAAAUGUGGAAUUGCUGACUACAAAGUAGAUGUACAGGGUAAGAUCAAGACUUUCCAUGCUAACCUUUUGAAAAAGUAUGUUGAAAGAGAGGUAAGUACACCCGAAGUUCUUAGUUCUUGUUCUGUCAUAGAAGAAGAAAUACGCCAAGAUGAUGAAAAUUCAGAAGGUGAGAGUGAUUUCCCUCUAGAGAUACCGCCUUCCGAAGCUAAGGAGACAUUUCAAGAUGUGAAUGUUGACACAGAUCUAACUGAGCAGCAGCAAGAUGACGUCAAAAAUAUUUUGUCGGAAUUCAAAGAUGUUUUGUCUGAUUUACCAAAUCUUACUCAUUUGGCUCAACAUGAGAUACAUCUGACAACUACGGAUCCUAUUCACAACAAACCGUAUCAAAUUCCAUUUGCUUUACGUGAUUCCGUUAGGGAAGAAAUCAAGAAAAUGAUUGAGAUGGACAUCAUAGAGCCGUCCGAAUCCCCUUACGCCAGCUCUAUCGUUGUUGCCAAGAAAGCUGAUGGUUCUAAGAGAAUAUGCAUCGACUUUAGAAAGCUAAACAAGGUAACAGUGUUUGAUGCCGAACCAAUGCCCGAUCCCGAGGAAAUUUUUGCUAGAAUUGGACAAAGUAAGUAUUUUACUAAAGUAGAUCUUUGCAAGGGAUAUUGGCAAAUUCCUAUGAGGGACGAGGACAAAGACCUGACAUCAUUAGUCACUCCUGAUGGUUUGUUUAGAUUCAAAGUAAUGCCGUUUGGUCUAUCAAACGCGGCGGCGACGUUUAAUCGCAUGAUGCGCAUUUUGUUGAAAGAUUUGAAAGAUACCGAUAGUUUCAUUGACGAUAUCUUGAUUCAUUCAGAAACGUGGGAAGAACAUUUGGUGUCUAUUAGGUUUUAG